AUGGCUGACAAACUCAUCGUUGAUGUCAUCGCCGGGGACAAAACUACGCAAGGCCACACAAAGAAGUGCGUCCUUGAGUUCAAUUGCAAACCCAUCUGGGGGUAUCCAAAGCUGGUCCACUGUCAUGAAAACACAACCCAGAUAGCAGAAGCCCUUACCAAGGCGGAUAGCCGCUUCGUGCUCUAUAUUACAGAGAGGCCCCACUCAGUUGAAGGUCACGCAGCCAGAAUCACUAUCAAGAAGGGCAACACUGUUUAUCUGGACAAGCUGCACACCCACGACAACAUGAUAGGACUACGUGACGCUAUCAACAAGGCUCUCGAGGACGACGACAAGAAAUGA